AUGGAAACUGGAGCUCUUGAACUACAAGAAGGCGAGUGUUACGUCGGGCUCACCCAUGACCUUCUAAACGUGCAGAAUGUCAUGGACCGAGUACGGAGCCCACAAGCUGGGGCUAUUGUCAUCUUUGCAGGAUCAGGCACAACUCGGGACAACUUUGGGGGGAAGCCGGUAAAAGAACUCCAAUACUCGGCGUAUAGUGCUCUGGCACUCCGGACCAUGUUGUCGCUCUGCCAAAACAUAUGCACAAAGCACGGACUCAAAGGCAUUGCCAUGGUACACCGGCUUGGGACUGUUCCGAUUGGCGAGGAAAGCAUAUUGAUUGCCGUCUCUUCUCCUCACAGGCAAGCCGCCUGGAGAGCUGGCGAAGAAGCUCUCGAGGAGUGCAAGGCUCGCGUCGAAGUCUGGAAGAGAGAAGAAUUCGAGGGCGAGGAAGGCGUCUGGAGGGCAAACAGAGACGGUACCCAGGGUGUAAAGAUACCUGCUUCUGAGCCGACUAUUCCGGACAGCGAAAAGCCUUAG